GUUGCCCGCGAUACGAAGCGUCACGAUCGUGAAAACAUUUGACAGUCGUAACGAAAAUGACAGGAACGAGAAUGAAACUGCAACUGUACGAUGCAGUCUAAAUCCACCAUCACAGUGACCCACGAGGACUGCGUCGACGAGUUGAUGGAAGAGUCGGUUUUCGAGCAGAUAUGCGACACGAUAUUCAUUCUGAUUCCUGAAGUUCCGCGACUGAAGCAGCUUUUCCUAAGCUGGAGUCAACUAGGGACAGAGGACAGAGUGCAGCUUGACGCUAAAGUGGCGAACUGGUGUUGCCCCAAUAGACGACAGCUUUAUAAACCCCUACAAGAAGCUUUGGUCCGUUGGGAGACCGUCCAGGACACACAAGGCGCCCCCGGCUGCGUGCCAGGUAUGGUCUCGUUUUCGUGCGACCCACGACUGGAGGAGCAGCUCGUCAGCGUUAUAUGCAGCCUGGAUCUGUUGUGCACGAAGAAUCGUAGGUACACAGAGAUCGACGGGGACUACGAAAUGUCGCUGAGCCUGAACUGCGAGAAUAAUUUGCGUUCGGUCGUCAGCCCGAAGGACAGAACGCCCCAUUCGGUACACAGUUGCGGGUACAUCGGGGACUACAAGAGAUCUGACGAUGAACCGAGUGGAUACUUGACUAAUUAA